AUGCCCCCAGACUUCUGGGAGAAAUGCUUCUGGUUGUGGGGUCUCCUUUUGUGGCUCAGUGUUGGAAGUACAGGGGAUGCACCUCCUACCCCACAGACGAAUUGUGCUGACUUCCAGAAUGCCAAUCUCCUCCGAGGCACCAAUCUCAAAGUCCAGUUUCUCCUCUUCACUCCUUCGGAUCCCAGCUGUGGGCAGCUAGUGGAAGAAAGUAGUGACAUCCAAAACUCUGGGUUCAAUGGCACUCUAGGAACCAAGCUAGUUAUCCAUGGAUUCAGGGCUUUAGGAACGAAGCCUUCCUGGAUUGAUAGAUUCAUCGGUGCCCUUCUGCGGGCAACAGAUGCUAACGUGAUUGCUGUGGACUGGGUGUAUGGCUCCACAGCUGCCUAUUUCUCAGCCGUGGAAAAUGUGAUUAAGCUGGGACUCGAGAUCUCCCGUUUCCUCCGUAAACUCCUGGCGCUGGGUGUGUCAGAGUCCUCAAUCCACAUCAUUGGCAUCAGCCUGGGGGCCCAUGUAGGGGGCAUGGUAGGACAUUUCUACAAUGGCCAGCUGGGACGGAUCACAGGCCUGGACCCUGCUGGACCGGAGUACACCAGAGCCAGCCUGGAGGAGCGUCUGGACCCUGGGGAUGCCCUCUUCGUGGAAGCCAUCCACACAGACACAGACAAUUUGGGCAUUCGGAUUCCUGUCGGACACGUGGACUACUUCAUCAAUGGAGGCCAAGACCAGCCUGGCUGUCCCACUUCCAUUUAUGCAGGCUACAGUUAUCUGAUCUGUGAUCACAUGAGGGCUGUACACCUCUACAUCAGCGCUCUGGAGAACUCCUGUCCACUGAUGGCCUUCCCUUGCACAAACUACAAGGACUUCCUUGCUGGACAGUGUCUGGAUUGUUUCAACCCUUUUCUUCUUUCCUGUCCAAGAAUCGGGCUGGUAGAACAAGGUGGUGUCAAGAUAGAGCCACUUCCCAAGGAGGUGAAGGUCUACCUGAUGACCACUUCCAUGGCUCCGUAUUGUGUGCAUCACAGCCUCGUGGAGUUUCACUUGCAGGAGCCAAGAAACAAGGACACCUGCAUCACAGUUACUUUCCUUAGCAGCAGUGUCACCUCCUUGGUCAAGGUUACCAUACCUAGACAGCAGCGUGUUGGAAAAGGAGUCCUAGCUCACCCCAGCCCUCAGUGCCAGAUAAACCAGGUGAAACUCAAGCUUCAGGCUUCCCACCGGGUUUGGAAAAAAGACCAGACGACCAUCAUUGGGAGGUUCUGCACUGCUCCUCUGCCUGUCAAUGACAACAAAAAUAUGGUCUGCUUACCUGAGCCAGUGAACUUACAAGCAAGUGAGACUGUUUCUUAUGACCUGAAAAUAACCUGUAUAUAG